GGGUCCACAGUUGACAGCAAUAUGAGAGAUGUCGAGGAGGUUGCUGCUGAUGAAGAUGAUGAUUUAAUGGUAGUUGCUGUUUACGAGGCAGAAAAAUCUUUGCAAAUUGAUGGAAACUUUGGACAACAUAGUGAACACACAACAAAUGUUGAGAGCACUUGUCUCACACAGAUAAGCUCAAGUGGAUCAACAUAUUACAAAGACUUCCCUGGCCUUGACAGCUCCUCUGCAAAGGUAUGGAUCUACCCCACCAACUAUCCCAUAAGGGACUACCAACUAAAGAUAUCAGAGGCAGCUUUAUUCCAGAACACGCUGGUAUGCCUCCCCACUGGCCUGGGCAAGACUUUCAUUGCUGCUGUGGUAAUGUACAACUUUUAUCGAUGGUAUCCAUCUGGAAAGAUCGUUUUCAUGGCACCAACAAAACCGCUGGUGGCACAACAAAUAGAAGCGUGCUACAAAGUGAUGGGUAUUCCACAGACACACAUGGCAGAGUUGACAGGUAAGUUGCCACACAUGUAUCUUAAAAGUGUUUAAACAGGGCCAUGGGAAGGCUAUAAAACAUGUCUUGUCUGACAUUUCCAUUCCUUUUCCACCAGGGAGCACGCAGGCUCAGCAGAGGCAAAAACUGUGGAGGUCCAGGCGCAUCUUCUUCCUCACUCCCCAGGUGUUGGUGAACGACCUGUCUCGAGACACCUGCCCCGCGCUGCAGGUCAGGUGUGUGGUGAUUGACGAGGCUCACAAGGCACUGGGGAAUCAUGCCUAUUGCCAGGUAUCUAACACUUAACCAUACCUGGGAAUGUUUCUGCUUUAACCAAGGAAGUUUGUGUUGAGCUUUACAUUUAUGUAAUGCACCAUUACAGAUCAGAGGUCGUUAAGCUAUUUCACCACUGUUCAAUAACUGAUACUGGCACCAGUUACCACCAGAGGAAUCGAUUGAUUGAUAGAAUUUAUUAGAAUAUUAAAAGUAGUAGGCUGGUUGAGCAGGUGACACAAUGACAUGCAUAAAAGAAAACACAAUAAAGCCCAGAGGCUUAUUUUCAUUGUGGUCCUCAUUUGGCAGUGAGAUGGCAGCAAUAAAUAUCAACAGCACAGAGGUGCCUGUUUAAGAGACACCUCAUGAGAAAAAUACCUCCAAUCAAGCCGCCAUGUUAUUUCUCAGAUAUUGUUUUUGUGACUCCUUAAAGCUAUUCUCUAAUGCCAGUUAAAUUGCAGCAAUAAUAGCAUGUUGUGACUGCUUCUCUCCUCAGGUGGUGAGACAGUUGGGGAGCCAGACUCAACAGUUUCGCAUCCUGGCACUCAGCGCCACGCCAGGUGGAGACACGAAGGUGAGCAUCACAGCCUCUUCCACAGCACUCUGAGGAUGUUUACCACUAUUAUUUUGACCUUAUGACGCUUACAAAAAUGUGUUCAAUGGACUAACAUGACAUUAUGCACUGACAUUAUGUAAUGAUGUACCACCUCAACCAUUUACAAGAGUACAGAAAUUAUAUUCCACCUCAAUAGUAUUCACAUUAUGUAGUAUUAUCACCCAAAUUGCCUACUUCCUAGAAAUCUAUCAACUCACUCCUGACUGUGUCUUCCUCUACAGUCUGUGCAGCAAGUCAUAUCCAACCUUCUGAUCUCCCACAUUGAGCUGCGGUCUGAAGAGAGCCCUGACAUCCAGGCCCACUCCCACCAGCGCAGCCUGGAGAAGGUGGUGGUUCCCUUGGGGGAGUCGCUGGCCGGGCACCAGGCACUCUACCUACAGGUAGGCACCAUAGAUCCUCUCAUAUCAGACUUGGUGGCACAGAUUGUUUUCCUGGAAAUGUGA